UAUAAAUAAAUCGUGCUUACACUUCUCCGAACUCUAAAUCGUUUGACGGCAUUCUCAAUAAACGUCAAUAAACGGUGUUCGCCUGCACUGGGUUUGAAUAGGUGUUCCUUGCGUCUACGCGGCGUGGUUCUGUUCGUGGAUUUUUAUCAUGCGGCAUGCUCAAACUUCUACGCGGCGGGGCAGGCGGAAAUUUGUCCGAAAGAUCGAGUUAGGUUACACAUGGAAGUUCGGGACCAAUGGGAGACUUGGCGGCAAGAUUAAACAGAUUCACAGGCAGAACCUAGGCAGGGUAAACAGUACCCAUCAGGCAGUGUGAGCAGUAGCAUACAGAGCCAAACCAAACCAAUAAUAAAUCAAUUAAUCACGGGGAAUCAAGUUAUGCCACGAUGAAUAUCAUUUUCUCUGAUUACAAUAAAAUACCAUCAUCAUCGGAAGGUUUAAGUAUAUCUGUAAAACAAGAUGGCCUCCUGACUGCUCCUAAACCCUUCCCACAUUUCCCUUUCCCCUUCUCCCAGCUCUCAACAUUACGAGCACUCUCAUCACACCAACAACUGCUAGAGCUUCAGGCCCGGUAUGCUGGUCAGAGCAGUGCUUCACCUGUUCUCUCCUCCCUGCCUGCAAAACCGGUUCCUGUGCCGGCCCACGCCGGUCGUGUCCCUGGGAUGAUCGGUGGGUCAAAACCCAAAGUUGCAACUCCCGAGGUUGUUGCAAAAAUAGAAUCAUAUAAAAGAGACAAUCCGACAAUUUUCGCCUGGGAGAUUCGGGAGAAAUUAAUUUCAGACGGGGUGUGCACAAAUAACACCGCCCCGAGUGUAUCAUCUAUCAACAGAAUUCUACGGAACCGAGCCGCAGAGCGAGCCGCAGCAGAAUAUGCUCACGCAACCCAGGUGAAUUAUCCCUGGUUUUCUCCGUUCUCCCUGCCAUCAGCUCUAGGUUUAUGGGGCGGAGCCCAACAUCCCCUCCUACCAGCAAUCCUCAAACCUAAAGAACCAUCAGAACGGAAACCAUUUGAUAGUUCAGGCUCAAAACCGGAACUAAUCGAGGGAGAGAACGAAGACGACAGUCCGCAAUUUCGGCGCAGCAGAACUUCCUUUGAGACUGACCAGCUUGAGCAGCUGGAGAAAGAGUUUGAGAAAACCCAUUAUCCAGAUCUAAAAACAAGAGAGCUUUUGUCUCAAAAAACUGGACUUUCAGAAGCUAGAAUACAGGUUUGGUUUUCCAACCG